CUCCUGUACCGCGGGAAACCCGUAACAUCCAUGUGGAAGCUCUUUAAUUAAGAGAGGUGUGUGUUGUUUUCACUGAACUAACCUGAAGUCCUGCAGGUAUAUAAUACAAUGCAGAAAAUAACUGAGAAAGUUUUAUUGGAGAAAAGCUCUCCAAAAACAUGCAAACUGGAACAAAUCAUCACUCUGAAUCUGUCUAAACUGGGUCUCCAGUCCAAGGACUUGCCAGUGGGGUUGCUGUCUCGCCUUCAGUCUCUGGAGCGCUUGGAUCUGUCGAAAAACAGACUGCAGGAGUUCCCCAAGAACCUGAAGCUGCCAAGGCUCAAGUACUUGGACCUGAGCGACAACCAGAUGGAGGAUGUGACUGGACUGGAAAGUCUGGGUGGUCUGGAGGAGCUCAAGAUGGAGGACAACCUUUAUAUCACUGUGAGUGAUAACUACAAAAUGAUGACUCUUUUGCCCAAACUGAGGAUUUACAAUGGAAAGGACAUCAGUACGACAGCCAACCAUGUGCGCUAUGUCUACACCGACAACCUGAGGACCAGGAUAAUUGCAGUUUGGGAGCAUAACUUUAGCCUUCCUGAUCCCAUCACAGCAGAUAAAAUGUCCAUGUUGGAGACUGAUUUUGUGAAUGCGGCCUGUCAGCAGGUUAAGUUUGGACCAAGUUCAGUCAGCAACUUCACCAAAUGGAGGGUGGGGAUCAUUGCUGCAGAUUAUCUCCAUUCUCUAACACAAGGAAAGGAUGACACACUGAAUAUGGAGCCUGAAGAAGAAAGCACUAAUGUUACAACACCUUCCAAGAGGAAGACAAGAGCCUUGGGAAGAGACGACAGCAUCAGGCUCAUACCUCACAAAAGGAUAUGUGCAGAUCUCCCAGCAUCCCGAGCUGCAGACAGUCCCCACAAAGCAGGCCUCAGAAUGAAACCUCAGGAAAAAACUAUGACCAGCAGUCCACGCAAACACCCCUCAACCCCCACCAGAGAACUGGCAGAGGCUGAGAUGCCUAAGAGGGGUUCUAGAGCCCAACAGAACCAAGAGGAGGGGGCUGUCAGAGGCACAGAACUGCCCACAAUACAGAACCACCAUAAAACCCAGCCAGUGUCCCUGAAGCCUCAUCACAUCCUACAGUGUCACAGUAAACAGGACAGCUCUGAGGACUUGUCCACUCAGCUGUGGGCCUGUGCUUUCCAGCCUCUACCUGAUUCCACUGGUGCAGUUGGAGGAAACCGUCUGGUGGCGACCUGUGGAGGAGACUCUCUCUGUGUGAUCGACUGUGAAAUUGGGAUUGUUGUGAAGAAGUACAAAGUUCCCGGAGAGGAGUUCUUCUCUCUGGCUUGGACCACCAUACUUAUGUCUAGAGGGGGCAGGGCCUCGGCUCAACACUGCAGCAUUCUAGCAGCUGGAGGGAAGAGAGGGAUGGUCAAACUGAUCCACCCCAGAAACAACAUGGCCUAUGGCGAGUUCAGAGCCAGUCGUAAGGCCGUGUCUGUCCUCCGCUUCAACCCAGAUCAGGGAAACAUCCUUUACACGGGAUCUUAUGAUAAUAAGAUUGUGAUGUGGGACAUCGGUGGAGUGGACAGCCAGUAUAACUUCAAAGUUCUUCAGCUGCUGGUGUUGGAGGUUGGUGCCACUCCUCUGAACAUCUGCCUCCCCCCUGCCUCUCCCAGCAUGCAUCUGCUGGCCGCCUGUGAGGACGGCCUGCACUACUACAACACACAGCCAGGAACCAACAGCGGCACGAAGAGCAGGACUAAGGACAUGGAGAUCACAUUUCCUAUAUAUAAAAAGGAAGAUAAGGACCAUGACUACCACACCAUUGAUGGCAUGAGUUUUCUCACGGAUGACAUUGUGGCCUCUAAAAACUUCAUGCAUGGUCGUAUUUACCUGUGGAGCUGGAGCAGGACUAAAGCCCAGCGGCCUGGUAAGAACAGGAUGGUGUGUGCAGUGAUUCUGGCUGAGCUACAGUGGGCCAACACCGAGGUUCCGUACCUGACUCUAAACACUUGCCCUAAUCACGCCUAUAUAGUGUGUGGUGAUGACAAAGGCCAGCUGUGGACAUACCACAUCACCGACCUGCACACUGGAACACCCAUUCAACCCACCGAGGUGCUGGAGUGGCCGGCCCCACUGAAGAAGGGCCUUGGUCGGCUGGAGGGCCCCUCCAUCAACAACAUAACCAUGGACCCUGAGCUCCAUUAUCUGGUGGCCCUCACUGACAAGAACAUGGUGGUAGUGUGGAAGAGAGCCGAGCUGUCCUGACCAACGCCAGGGCUGUGUGGAUCCUGUUUAGAUCUCAUCUGUCAUUAAAGAAGAACAUGAUCAGUGUUUUCUGCAUGGAAAUGUACAGAGUGUUAAGUAAAUAUUUAGUAUUUUCCUACUGGAUGUACUGCAAGUUGCUGCUAUUAUUGGUGUUUGAACAAAUGGGGAUUUGAUACAUUUCAUUUAUUUUAUGUUUUUAUGUAAUGUAAUUAUUUUUACUAUGUGUUUUUACCUUAAAAGACAAAGAACACCAUGCACAGCUAAACAUAGUAAUUGUUUUAAAACAUUUAAUAUUUAACUUUUGAAUCUCCUGUUGUUCAUGUACAGUGGAUAAAAUAUCUCUGUCACUUUAGUUGUACUUCAAUGGUAUCAUUACAUCGUCUAUGUGGUCUGUAAAUGAAACAAAUGUUUUCUGAAGC